GUUGUCCCUCUCUGGCUCAUUGUUUGUGGCAGCGCUGCACCGCCGAGCGGAGAGAGACGGUGGGUCAGAGGAAAUGGCGGACGGUGUGGAUCACAUCGAUAUCUACGCCGACGUAGAGGAGGAAUUCAACCAGGAAAGUGACUAUCAGGUUCACGAGCAGAUCGACCUUUAUGAUGAUGUAAUCUCACCAUCGGCCAAUAAUGGCGAUGCUCCAGAGGACCGCGAUUACCUGGACGCGUUGCCUGCACCAGGUGGUUCAGAUGGAGGAAAGAGCAACCCACCCAAUGUGGUGUACACCUACACAGGAAAAAGGAUCGCCCUUUACAUAGGAAACCUCACAUGGUGGACAACAGAUGAGGACUUGACAGAAGCCAUCCAAGUGAUAGGAAUUUCUGAUUUGAUAGAGAUCAAGUUUUUUGAAAACAGAGCCAAUGGCCAGUCAAAGGGGUUUGCCCUGGUGUGUGUGGGCUCAGAGGCAUCGUCCAGGAAGUUAAUGGAUCUCCUCUCAAAGAGGGAGCUCCAUGGUCAAAAUCCCAUCGUCACACCAUGCAACAAACAGUCACUCAGCCAGUUUGAGAUGCAGUCACGCAAAAGUGAGUAUUGUCAUUUCACAGGCACUCAAACGGGUCAGAUGUCUGGUGAGGGUAAAGCGGGUCCCCCUGGUGUAGGCCUUCGUGGUGGCUUCCCUAUGGGUAGCCGAGGCAGGGGCAGAUUCCCUGGACCAUCCCCUCCUGGAGGAGACCGGUUCCCUGGUCCUGUUGGACCGGGAGGACCACCGCCACACUUUCCUGGCUCGGGGAUGACACCAGAUCUUAUUAGGCACCAAGAUGGCCCUCUGAUGGAUAUGAAUUUCAAUCCCUUCCCGCCGGGGGGCAGGAACGGGAGCUGGCGUGGCAGAGGCGGCAUGCAGGGUCCCCCACGCCCCCCUCCUGGUCCACCUGGACCCCCCGGCCCUCCAGGACCUCCACCGCCUGGACAGGGCCUCCCCCCUCCCCUCUCUGGUCCUCCAAAUCGUGGUGACAGGCCUCCUCUUCCUGUUCUCUUUCCUGGACAAUUUGGUCAGCCACCCAUGGGACCCUUGCCUCCAGGCCCCCCUCCACCAGGUUAUGGCCCUCCUCCUGGUCCCCCACCCCCUCAACAGGGUCCACCACCAGGACCGUUCCCUCCACGUCCCCCAGGUCCCAUUGGACCCCCCAUGGCCUUGGCGCCACCACCACACAUGCCAGGCCCACCACCAGGUGGACCGCCACCAGCCCCACAUGUCAAUCCUGCUUUCUUUCCCCCACCUGGCAACAACAACAUGCCCCCCAAUGACAGCAGAGGGCCCCCAGGUCCAAACGACCCAUACGGACGCCCACCACCAUAUGAGAGAGGAGACUAUGGUCCUGGAGGCCGGGAGAUGGAGGCCUCACGGACGCCUCUGAGCGAGGCAGAAUUUGAGGAGAUCAUGAACAGAAACAGAGCCAUCUCCUCCAGUGCCAUAUCCAGGGCUGUGUCGGAUGCUAGUGCAGGUAACAAGCAUACAUCUGAUUAUGGAAGCGCCAUAGAGACCUUGGUGACCGCCAUCAGUCUGAUAAAGCAGUCUAAAGUGUCGGCAGACGACCGCUGUAAGGUCCUCAUCAGUUCCCUACAGGACUGUCUCCAUGGAAUUGAAUCAAAAAGCUAUGGCUCUGCCUCCAGGCGAGAGCGCUCCAGAGAACGCGACCACAGCCGCUCCAGAGAAAAGAGCCGACGCCACAAAUCCCGCAGCCGCGACAGGCACGAGGACUACUACCGAGAACGCAGCCGGGAGAGGGAUCGCCAUCGCGAGAGAGACCGGGACAGAGACCGCGAAAGAGAGAGGGAGAGGGAGUACAGACACCGCUAAGCGAGGACGUAGAGCUCACGUGGAUCAAGGAUGGAUGGAAGGAAAAGGAGGAAACGCUUUCAGUGCACCACCACCACCACCGCCUCCUCUCCACCUUGCAUGUCCGGACAGGAUUUACAACCACCACCUCUUCCUCCACCCCUUCAUCUCUCUUCUCCUCUCCUUGUCCACCCAUCCUUCUUUGUCUCUUCAUCUUGUCUGCCUGACUAAGAGCAGUGGAUGGAGGACCCAGACUUGUGUAAGGCUAUGUUAUCCAAACACCUAUACUCAUGGUAACUAAAGAUGAAAGAAAAAAAAAACUUUCCAAAUGGCCCUUUUGUUUUUACGAUGUUUUAUUUGACAUGAAGAUGAGUAUGUGUGAUGCUUUUUUGCAAAUAAAUAAUAAAAUGCCCCGCACGACUCCCAAAUAGAAAACGCAAACAUUACAUCCUAGUUUUUUUUUUUUUGUUUUGUUUUUUUUUUAAUUUUCCUUGGCUCGCUGUACUGUGUACAUUCGGUUUAAAGAUAAGUUUUUAUAGGGUACAUGUUUGAUGUUUUCUCCCACCCUUCUCUCAUUCUCAUUUAUUCUUUCCAUGGUUAGUAUGUUUGUAAAUGUCUCUGCUUUUGAUUAAAAACUAGAUGGUGUUGUAAUAAAAAAUGUUUACUGAGGUA